CCUUAUAAGGAAGGUCAACAUUACCAAGUCGAAAGUGCCUGUUAUCUUCCCCUCGGUUUCAACAAAUAGUUCCCUGAGCCAGAACAGUCGGUGUGAAAGAUGGCUGGGCAUUCAAUCUUGCUGGCCGCUGUCUCAGUCUUGUCCGCCUGUCAACAAAGUUAUUUUGCUUUGCAUGUAGGAAAGGCAAGAUUGAAAUACAAAGUUACAGCCCCAGCAGUCUCUGGGUCACCAGAGUUUGAGAGAAUAUUUCGUGCACAACAAAACUGUGUGGAGUUUUACCCCAUAUUUCUGAUUACAUUGUGGAUGGCUGGAUGGUAUUUCAAUCAAGUUUUUGCUACCUGUCUGGGUCUUGUGUACAUAUAUGCCCGUCACCAGUAUUUCUGGGGAUAUUCAGAAGCAGCUAAAAAAAGGAUCACCGGGUUCCGGCUGAGUCUGGCGAUUCUGGCCUUGCUGACAGUCCUGGGCACCCUGGGGAUUGCAAACAGCUUUCUGGAUGAAUACAUGGACCUCAAUGUCGCCAAGAAACUGAGACGCUUCUAACGUCCCCCCCUCCCUUUGCCCACAUGCUAGCAGGAGCUGUUUCCACCCUGAAGGUUAUAUGGAGUCAAUCAAUUUUUAAAAACAAAAGUCUUUCUUUUGUUUUUCUUGAAAUGGCCUUGUAGGACCAUACCUGUUAGAGAAUACAUUCCUGUUUAAGAAGUGAA